AUGUUCAUCACGAAUAAAGAAGAAGAAAACAUACCUUCUUCACCUUCUUCACCUUCAUCAGAUCAUCAUCAAAAGAAAUGUAUUCCCGAUGGAUUUCAAGAUCGAUCGUUACCUCAUUUCCAUAAAAAAGCCAAGGAGCCACCCGCCAAAGGAUUCGUUCGUAACAGUUUUCAUUCAGGUCUUCGAGCCACAGAAUUUCUCUUUCACGCCAUCUCUGGAAGAGAAGGUCUGGUAGAUACGGCCGUCAAAACUGCAGAGACAGGUUAUAUGCAACGUCUACUGAUGAAAGCAUUAGAAGAUCUUUACACUCGGUAUGACGACUCUGUGCGGAAUUCGGUUGGAGGUGUGGUACAAUUCACAUACGGUGAUGACAGAUUAGAUCCAACGUAUCUUGAAGGAGAUGGAGAACCGGUUGAAUUCGCUCAAACAUGGCGUCAUUCCAAGAUUGUACAAACAGUGGCCAAUCGACUUGCUGAGCCUCGGUUUGCCAAAGCUUGUACAACCCAAUUCACAGAUUCAGUUUUGAAUUUCAUUACCAACUCAGUAGCCAAACCAGCAGCUACUUAUCGAGCGAGUUAUGGAAUGUAUCCAGCCAUGGAGAUAGAUGGUGAUUGGGAUGAGGAGACUGAUCUAUCAGCUGGAGUUACCGAUGCAAGUGAGAAGAUAGUUGCAAACAAGACACAGGUGACACUCAAGCAAAUCGAUACCUUCCUAGACUAUUGUUGGGUCAAAUACGUCAAGGCAAAAUUGGAGCCUGGCACAGCAGUUGGUGCAGUUGGUGCACAAUCCAUUGGAGAACCAGGAACACAGAUGACUUUGAAGACUUUCCAUUUUGCUGGUGUUGCUUCUUCAAGAAAAGAAAAGUUCAGUUAG